GAAUGCGUGGGAAAACUCUACAAAUCCGAGCUCAGCUUCACUGUAAGAGUGGCAGCCAGAGCCGCUAAGCGCCUCCCUUGACUUUCGGAGGGUGCGCCUUUCCGUCUACUGCGCCUGCGUAAACGCGCAAACCCCAGGCCCCGCCUCUCUGGUCGGGACGACAGACGUGCGCCGAAAGGCGGGCUGCGCAUGCGCGAUCGCCGCGUCAGCCGCUUGCGCGGGGCCGGUGACUGAAAGUACCGGGUCGUGUGUGUUCAUCGUGGGGGAAAUCUGCCGCGCAGCGUGGAUCGGCGCGUGGAGACAGGGAAAAGCGUGGCAGAAAGCUCUGUCCUGGGCUGCAGGAGUCAGCGGUAGUGUUUUUUUCCUGUCCCCUUCCCAGCCUAGACCAUACCCCCGCCCCGCACCCUGAGUCUCUCCUGGGGACCCCCUCAGCACCUCCCGUUCUGAAGUGAGCCCCAGGCAAGAUCAUGAAGCUUGUGAGGAAGGACAUCGAGAAGGACAGUGCGGGACAGGUCACCCUGGUCCCCGAGGAGCCCGAGGACAUGUGGCACACCUACAAUCUAGUGCAGGUGGGCGACAGCCUGCGCGCCUCCACCAUCCGCAAGGUCCAGACCGAGUCCUCCACGGGCAGCGUGGGGAGUAACCGUGUCCGCACCACCCUCACCCUUUGCGUGGAGGCCAUAGACUUUGACUCCCAAGCCUGCCAGCUGCGAGUCAAGGGGACCAAUAUCCAAGAGAAUGAGUACGUGAAGAUGGGGGCUUACCACACCAUUGAACUGGAGCCCAACCGCCAGUUCACCCUGGCCAAGAAACAGUGGGACAGUGUGGUUCUGGAGCGCAUCGAGCAGGCUUGUGACCCAGCCUGGAGUGCUGAUGUGGCAGCUGUUGUCAUGCAGGAGGGCCUCGCCCACGUCUGCCUAGUCACACCCAGUAUGACCCUCACCCGUGCCAAGGUGGAGGUGAACAUCCCCAGGAAGCGGAAAGGCAACUGUUCCCAGCAUGACCGGGCCCUGGAGAGGUUCUAUGAACAGGUGGUCCAGGCCAUCCAGCGCCACAUCAACUUUGACGUUGUAAAGUGUGUUCUGGUGGCCAGCCCGGGAUUUGUACGAGAGCAGUUCUGUGACUACAUGUUUCAACAGGCCGUGAAGACAGACAACAAGACGCUCCUGGAAAACCGCUCCAAAUUCCUUCAGGUACACGCCUCCUCUGGACACAAGUACUCCCUGAAGGAGGCCCUUUGUGACCCCACCGUAGCCAGCCGCCUUUCGGACACGAAAGCUGCUGGGGAAGUGAAAGCCUUGGAUGACUUCUAUAAAAUGUUGCAGCACGAGCCUGACCGCGCUUUCUAUGGACUCAAGCAGGUAGAGAGGGCCAACGAAGCCUUGGCGAUCGACACCUUGCUCAUCAGCGAUGAGCUCUUCCGGCAUCAGGACGUGGCCACCCGCAGCCGGUACGUCAGGCUGGUGGACAGCGUGAAAGACAAUGCAGGCACGGUUCGGAUAUUCUCCAGUCUCCAUGUGUCUGGGGAACAGCUUGGCCAGCUGACAGGAGUAGCUGCCAUUCUCCGCUUCCCUGUGCCGGAACUCUCUGACCAGGAGGAUGAUUCCAGUUCUGAAGAGGAUUAAGACUGACAUUUAAUAGUUGCUUCUGCUCCGUUACUUCUCAUCAUCGCUUGACAGGUGCAAGAGCCGCACUUGUUGAUCGGGCUGGGAUUUCCUGUGUGUUGGUCACAUUAGGACAUGUAUUCAAAUUAAAUAAACCAAAAGAAAAGAACAUCCAAGCAUUGUGUUUUCUGAUUACUAUCGUUUGGGUUUGAUUCUAGAACAUCCAAGCAUUGUGUUUUCUGAUUACUAUCAUUUGGGUUUGAUUCUAAAUGACAGUUUUUCAUUUCAUUUAAUGAUCCUUUUCUCACUUCUUUCUAGUUUAUUUUUCAAAAUUUGACUACAUUUACUACUUAAGUGGUAGCCAAACCGUAAAUAAAGCCAAGUCUGAGAUACUAUUUUCUUUUCGAGGUUUGUUGAACUAGUCGUUUCUAAAACUCUUGUUGCUCUGUGUUUGUUCUAAUCAUAUUUUUUGCAGACAAACAUUUAUUUUCAGGCAGUGGAGGUCUGCUCUACCAAGGGUUCCCAACAUAGU